ACUAGCAGUGUAGCUUCAUAUAUAUAUCUUUAUACUGGAGAUACCAGAGGUAUUAUGCACACACUCCACCUGCAAGCUACGAUUUGUCCCACAUCCGCUGGAAUCUGGAUUUGAACCCAUACCCCGAGGUAAGGCAGAAGCCAAGGGCAAUUAUCGUAAUUAAAUCACUGUGCCACACAUAUGGAGCCUAGAACUGGCGUCUGUUAAUUACUGUGGCUUGGGGAUCCCUUAGCUGUGUGCCAGAGAAACAAGGAAUAAUUUACCACCUGAUCCAAAAUAACUGACCUUUGAGCAAGCAGUCCUGCCAGAGGGCCAAUGACCCUGCUAUGAUUUGAUUUUAAUGAACUGUUUGUACCUUGCCGCAACACCUGAAACCAUUGUCCGUCAUGCCAGGGAACAUCACAGGAUUAUAGACCCUUUGCCAGGUGAGCAGAUGGAAGUAAGACGCAGCGAUGCAAAGAGACGACCUUCCAGAAAUGACGCAAUUAAACAGAUGCUUAAUGUCAGAGGGUGUUGCUGCAACCAUUGCAUGUGAUGCAUAUAUAAAGAAAUGGAACUGAUGCAGAGAGCUAGAGAAACUCCUGCUCCCCUUCAAGAUGGCCAGGAUUCUGUUCCUAGCAUCUUUCCUGCUCUUAGUUGCAGGUAAGUCCGUAGAAUUAGUGGCACUUCGGGGACCAGAGGGCUGGUUCAUGCAGACCUUGUUCAGCACUUGAAGAUAACACAUGUAGCUGGCACGUUCUUGAUUAGUGGCAAGUGAUGGUUAACAUGUAUGAAAGGGCUAUCACAGGUCAAAGACCACUGGUCAAAAAUCUGUAUCUCACCUCAGUCACAAGGCUUUUAAGUAGAGGAGAUUUAUAGAUUCAGCAGAUAAUUUUCAAGGGAUAUGGCAAUCACAGGUAGAACACAUGGGUAUGCACAUGUGUGUACACAAAUGUGAGCGAGAUGUGGUUGGCGCUGUGGUCUAAACCACUGAGCCUCUUGGGCUUGCUGAUCAGAAGGUCGGCAGUUCAAAUCCACACGAAGGGGUGAGCUGCUGUUGCUCUAUCCCAGUUUCUGCCAACCUAGCCGUUUGAAAGCAUACCAGUGCAAGUAGAUAAAUAGGUACUGCUGCGGCGGGAAGGUAAACGGCAUUUCUGUGCACUCUGGUUUCUGUCAUGGUGUUCCGUUGCGCCAGAAGCAGUUUAGUCAUGCUGGUCACAUGACCUGGAAAGCUGUCUGUGGACAAAUGCCAGCUCCCUCGACCUGAAAGCAAGAUGAGUGCCGCAACCCCAUAGUUGCCUUUGACUGGCCUUAACCAUCCAGGGGUCCUUUACCUUUUUUUACACUGAUUUGUGUGCAAGGAAGGGGGUGCCAAACUGGGUCCCUGACCCGGAUGAAGUAAAGCCGUUUCGCCCUUGCCUAAUUAUCCUUUUAUCUUUGAACUAAGCAUGCCACUCAGAGAGAAAGCUUUAUUCUUUUUUAAAAAACAAAAAUACAUUCUGCAUCUGGUAGGGCAGGGAAGUAAGAAUGACAGCUGCCACCCUGUCCCCCCAAAAUUGAGCAGCUGCGUCAAUAUACAAUGACUACAUCCAGGCCAGCACAGGAACAGCAGUGGUGAAAUAAGAUGCUAUUUAUUCCUUUAUUUUGCAGGUGUAUAUCCUGACUUGCUACCAGAGGAUAAGAAAGAAGACCUGGGAGGAGGUAAUACAAAAUUCUACAAUUUACACACAGGGACAGGGACACACACACACACACACACACACACACACACACACACAGAGUCCGCUUACUCCCCUGGCCGAUGGAUGUGACCAGGAAUCUCCCCUUUGAGUUCCAUAGGCCCAGGUCAGCUGGCAACUGAAGCAGCUUCUUAGUUGGAAGCAGGGUAGAGAGGGAAACAACCUCCUUUCGGCUGGUAGAAGGUGAUAAAAAAGGGAAGAAUAUUGUGCUGUUCCAAUAAGGUGGAUGACUUAAAAAGCCCCCAAACAAACCAAUUUUAAUGAUGUUGUCAGCAUGAUUACCAAAAACAGCAAUGGGGGGAAAAGAGAAACAAAAAAUCUUUGCACAAAGCUUGUGGAGAGGUUAUAGGACCUUGCAUCAAGAGAUCAUUACCCCACACAUUCCAGUGUUUUCCCCUUGUUGCAAUAAAUCCAAAUUUGGGAGGAUUUUUAAAAAUUCUUUUGGAUACCUAGAUUUUUGGUUCUUAAAAUUCUGCGUAUGAUUUAAUUGUCUCCCACUGAUAAUACUUAUUUGGCAGUGUUCAGGCUGCUUUAAAUGCAAUUUUACUUUUUAGCAGAGGAAGCAGGUAAGCAAAGAUGGGAGUCAUGGGCUCAAGACCCCCCCCCCAAAUAUGGAUGCUGGAGCAACACUUUCUCCUGCCCACAUGCCCAUAGCUAGAUGUACCUCAAAAUCAAACUGGCUAGUACAUACAUGAAAUUUCGGAAUUAGGCUGAGCUACACUCUUGACUAGAUUACUCUCAGGGUCCCUUCCAACUCUACCCAUUUAUGACUCUGAUUGCACUGGGAAAAUCUGAGGACCUUUUACCCUCCUCGAUGGGUACGUGGCAUUGCUCCUGGGAGAUCUGUACCCACCUCUUGCUGAGAAUGCUCAAAAGUUUCCCACAUUGCAUCCCAGAUACUAAAUGCUCCUACCAUCUCCUUAAAGAAAGCAAGGAAGACAAAACAUUUCAAUGCAGAUCUUAAAUGCUUUAUUGCCGUACAAGAUUGUGGCUUCUGUUCUAGUUGACAAGUCAAGUGCUCCAUGGAUGAGAGAGAGAGGGGAAAAAAAGAGAGGCUGUGACUCUACCGGUGAAAUUGGGUAGCUGUGAAUUGGGUUCUCAAUGCUGCUCAAAAAGGGACUCAAGGUCAGUGGCAAGAAUUAGACACAGGUGGAAGUCGCCAGCUAACAGAGGUUGCGGUUAUACCUGAGCAUGCGCCACAGGCAAACACUCUCGUCUGUGAAACCCUCCUCGACACCUGCUCCACUCAGUACGUCUCCUGGGAGGAAAGGGGACUUGGGCAUGCACAGUGGCAGCCAGAGGUACCGUUGGGCCAGGGCGCUCAGGGUGGGGAGCUGCUCAGAUUGCGCCUCCCACCACUGAGACAGGGAGACAUUUGCAGGAGCCGCCUGCGCCAGCUGCUGGUAGCGGAACCACUCCACCUCUGCCACCUCUGCCAGCCCAGGGACGGCCUGCUCCUGCUGCAGCUGGCUCCAGCCCACAGCGCCCACCUGCUUGGGAUCAAGGGCCCGCACGGCCUUCAACGUGGGCACCGCAGGGUGAGAGCUGAGCAAGUGCUCCAGGCGGGUGAGGCUGCAAGCCAGGACCUCGCGGAACUGCGAUGCCAGACGAGGCGGGCACAGGGCCAGCUGCCUCCUGGUGUUUGGCCCAAACCCCGUGUCCAGGUGGUAGGAGAAGGCAAUGCGCAAGGCCUCCAGCUCGCCAUAGGCCCAGUGCGCUAAUGGCUCCCCCAACUUGUGCAGGAACUGCGCCGUGCUCAGGAGGACUGCCCCGUGCUCCGCUGCAAAGGCGGCCUCCGCCACCAACUCCUCACUGCCUGACCCAAGAAGCGCCUGCAGUUUGGCCAUGGCGGCACCCUCUUCUUCAUCAGCUGCCACGAACUCCAUCAGGAUGGGGAGAUGUUCUGCGAUGACGGCAGCCUUCUCCAGCCAAGCCUCUGGCCCAGUCCACCUACUGGGAACGGGCAGGGAGAGUGCCAGGCCGCGCUCUCUCAGAAACAGCUCGUAACGGUGGCGCAGGGCAGCCUGCCGCCCGAAUGUAUCCUCCAGGAGGUGCAGCACAGAAACCAGCUUUUCCAACUUAUCUGGCCACAGCUCCAUCACCAGCUCCAGCUGGUGCGCCAGGCAGGGGAUGUGAAGGGCAGUGGGCAACACCGUGCCCAGAAUCCCGUUGGCAGCAAAGGCUUGGAUCAUGUGGGCAUUCCCAGAAGUGACCACAGCCAGCACCCUGUGGGACAAGACGUGCCCUUCGCUCAAAACACCCGUGACGGCCCGGGCCACCGAAUGGUGGCUCAGCUGCUCCAAGAACUCCACACCCAGGAGCAGAGGAGACUGCCCAGGCCUGUCAAGAGGCAGGACGGAGACGCCAAGGAUGGCCCGCCCGUCCCCUGUCGUCGCCUCAUGAAGGAAGACAAAAGUAUCGCGGCGGUGGAGAACCUGACGGAGACCGGACUUGUGGCGCCGCCGCAAGGCCGGGAGAACGCUGCGGUGGAGCUGGGCCACGGAUGGGAGCGAGCGCCUCACGCCCAGCGGACGCGUGAUGAGAGCCUCGAAGAAGCCUGCCUCAGAAAGCGGGAUGCCUGUGUGGGCCAAGGCCUGCACCAGAGAGAGCAGGAUUGGGUCUGGUUCGGGGACGGAUUCUGAGCGGCGGCCCCAAGCUUGUCCCUCAGAGCGGAGGGAUGAGGCCGAGGCCUGUUUGCGAAGCUGGGGGCCCCUGGUGGAACCAGCAUCCGAUCGACGGCGGCUGGGAGGACCGUGGGCCGGCGACGACUCCUCAGAGUUCAGGGAGGAACGCAGGCCAGAGGCCUGGGUGGGCUUCCUCAACGGAGUUGCCAUGGCUCAGCUGUGGAAGAAGGUGGACAGAGUGUCAAGAGAGGGAAAAGACGUUUGUUGUACCUGGAGCAAAACUCUAACAUUGGGCAGAGACACACCAUACACAUCACUUCCCUCAAAGAAUAUUGGGAACAGGGGGGCCAACUUGGACAAAAUAUUGAGGAGCCCCCCAAGACAUGGCACACAAACAUCAUUCAAAUUGCAGUGUCCAACUUUGGGUGCCCCCUCCGGCCCCCUCAAAUAUUUUAUGGGGGGGCAAAAGGACCUUGGCCCCUAGGAUAGGGUUACCAGACGUCCCUGGUUCCCGGGGACAGUCCCUGGAUUUGCAAAUCUGUCCCCAGACAAAUUCCGUCCCCGGAAUGUCCCCAGAUUUGCAAUCUGUCCCCGGGAAAUGUGCAGUGGCAGCCUCAGCAGCCCGGAGCCAGCCUGGUAGCGCAGUUGGCUCUGGCUGGCUUCAGGAGCUGCUCGCUGCUGUGGCGCCUGCCAUUUUUCCUGUGCCAUGGCAACGAGCAGCUCCUGAAGCCAGCCAGAGCCAACUGCACUACCAGGCAGGCCCCUCCUGUGCAAUGGCCGCCCGCCCGUGAUUCCCGAGCCCCCCCGAUCUGUCAAAACAAAGGGGGAAGAAGAUCGGGGAAGGCUUGGGAGUCACGGACGGGCUGUUGCACAGUUUUUUUAAAAAACUCUGCACAUUUAUGUUUCACAGGGUGUGAAAAAAGGGCUUUGCACCUUUAUAAAAUAUGCAUGUGUGCUUGGGCCCAGGGUCUUUUGCCUCACCAUCCCCACUACUGACUCCCUGUUGCUACUCAGCUUCAAAAAAAAAAAAAAAAAGGGGUCCCCGGAUUCAUUGAAAAAAAAAUCUGGUUACCAUGUGUUAUUUUAAAGACAUAUUCUUGAAGGAGGAGUAGAUGGGAAAAGUGGCCAACCUUCCAAUCAGAGACAUUGGUGGCUCUUUGCUUAGUCCGCAAGUAUCUAAGAAACAGGACUGGGCUCCACUUCACCCACCAACCCCAGACUCGCUUAACUGUACAACACAGCUCCAAACCAAAGGCAAGGCUGUAGAGAAACAAGCAUCUACCUUUCUCUUUCCCUAUUGGUAAAACCUAUUUGGUGUUUCGCAACUUUCUGACUAGUUGCAGGACCUUAGCCAGACCUAGCAGAGUAAACGCAGAAUCCACGGAAGCAAUUGGCGACUUGGCUGCAGACAGGAUAGACAAAGCAGGAACCAGGAACUUGUAGUUAGGUGUUUAUUAUAUACAGUGGACUAUUUACAGGAACAGAACACAGAUCUUUAGCUAGCUCUCUCUGACACGACUCACAACUCCUACACUGACACACAGAACUCUGAACUCUGAACUAACACAUUCCAGUUAGUAGGCCAUUAAUUAUCACUCCCUUGAGAGAGCUUGACCAAUCAGGGAGCUGUCUGCAUGUCUCUGUUAUCACCAGGCAGACUUACUCCUUCAGAUUGCCUUCUGGCUGUCUGCCAAACCUUAAUUGACUCUGUGUGAGUAGCUACACAUACACAGUUUCCCAACACUCCCUUCACAAACCAAGCCCAGAACCUUUAUUCCUCAUCUACAGUAAACACAGGAAAGCACAUAGUUCCCAGGUAGCUACCUACCCACUCCUGUACAACAGCAUCCAAGUGAAUCUCCCUGAGACACACCCUUGCUGCCUGCCUCUUUUAUGACCCCAGCUAUGUUUGGCUCCGCCCAUCCACUUAGGACUCACCUGUUCCACCUGGGAAUGAGGCAGAGCUUUACCUGAUCAGCCAAAACAGGCACAGGCAGUGGUGUUGCUAGACUUGUGUGACACACACAAGUGUAUUAAAGAGAAAGGCACUAGUAGUUGUUGUGUUGGGGAGUAGCCAGAGAUUAAUUUCUGCUUCACUCAUUCUAUGAACCAUAACACCAAAAUUGGGCUGAUUUUUUUGGCCCCCCCCCCCCACAACUGGCAGUGCUGCAUCUGACAAGCUGAUCUCUGGAGGGUGUUCAGAAAGAGUGUGUGUUUGUGUGUCAUCCCUGGAAAGUGUGCAUAGGGAUUGCUCAGUGUUUUUUUCCUGGGGGGAGGAACGCAGGGGCAUGCAUACUCCGAAACAUUUUGUGAAUCUAAGUUUGGCCUCAUUGAGGGGCAGUGUUUCAAUAUGAGUAGGAAAAUGAGAGUACCCCUAAACAUACUUUUUUUAAAGAAAAAAAGCACUGGGAUUAUUAACUUCUUUUGGGAAGAGGGUGUGCACCUUUAACAGUAGAAAUUUAACAGGUGAAGCAUUUCCUGGUAUCAAGGUACAGUACAAUCAUAGGAAAAGCUUUACUGGUGGAAGCUAAUCAGGUAGUUGACUUGCCAGGGGAAAACAAAACAAAACUGGAAGCCUUAUGCAUGGCUAGGAAGGCAUUUAGAGUAGAAAACUUUUUUUAAAAAUUCAGGGAGACAAGUAAGCAUUUUAACAGCUGCACCAAAUGUAGACAAGUUACCAUCAGUGCAUCUCUAUACUGGAGAAAACAUCACCUGGUGAUUUAUGCCUCUUUUGCAGCUGUUAACAGGCACACAGCCACUGCUUCUUAAAAAGAAAAGGUGGCCGUUCUCACUGAGAGAUAAAAUACCGCAUUUACUUUACUUUAAGGUGACAACAAUGUUUAGAAGCCAAACCAAGCUGGGCUUUCUCUAGUUCCUUGGGAUGCUGUGGGAGAAUUGAGAUUUUUCUGCCAUUGAGUAUCUCCCUGGUUUGACUUAAAUGUUUAUUUCACUAAUCAUUUCCCUCUUUGUUGGGAAGAUAGGGACUGUGACAGUGGGACCAAGGCUCUCUGUCAGGAAAUUCUCAGUUCCAUCACCAAACCACAAUGCCCAGGAUACGAAGCCAUGGCAAUUAAACUAAUACUAAGACUAGAUUGUAGCCCAUCAAAUGUUAGGUUUUUAGCUAUUCCACAGUGCUUUAACUACGUAGAAGUAGAUUAUUGGAAUCCUAUUCCUAAGCAACCUCUCUCAUCUCAAUAUGUAUGAUCUGAAGGCACAUUGGUGCCAUGACCUUGCUGAAACUGAGGUCUGGGUCUGAUCAGUUCCUGAAUGGGUGACUAGAAAACCACAUGUGUACUGUCUUGGGUUCCAAUACAGAAGGUUCCAUUCCUGAUAAGACCUCUUCUCAUACCCUCCAAUGUUUCUCUGAUGAAAAUAGGGGCGCCCUAUUCAACAACAAUUUUAUUAUUUAUACCCUGACCAUCUGACUGGGUUGCCCCAGCCACUAUGGGUGGCUUCCAACAUAUAUAAAAAUGCAAUAAAACAUUUUAAAAGCCUUCUCUUUACACGGCUGCCUUCAGAUGUCUUCUAAAGGUUGUAUAGUUACUUAUCUCCUUGGCUCAUGGGUUGCAUAACUCCCGUACCCUCCAACAUUUCUCCGAUGAAAAUAGGGUCAUCCUGGGACGCGGGUGGCGCUGUGGGUUAAACCACAGAGCCUAGGACUUUCUGAUCAGAAGGUCAGCGGUUUGAAUGGGUGAGCUCCCAUUGCUCGGUCCCUGCUCCUGCCAACCUAGCAGUUCGAAAGCGCUCAAAGUGCAAGUAGAUAAAUAGGUACUGCUCCGGCGGGAAGGUAAACGGCGUUUCCGUGCGCUGCUCUGGUUCUCCAGAAGUGGCUUUGUCAUGCUGGCCACAUGACCCAGAAGCUGUACGCCAGCUCCCUCGGCCAAUAAAGUGAGAUGAGCGCCGCAACCCCAGAGUCGGUCAUGACUGGACUUAAUGGUCAGGGGUCCCUUUACUUUACUAUGGAAAAGCAGGACAUUCUGAGAUCAAAUCAGAAAUCAGGACAGUUUAUGUAAAUCCGGGACCGUCCCUGGAAAAUAGAGACACUUGGAGGGUCUGUCUUGCUUGCGCCUAUCAGAACCACUAACCUAGAAAGGCAUACAAAUGAGGACGGCCACCAUUGUUGAUCUGGAUGGUGCAAAAGUGACCUCUCAGUGGCUAAAGAACAGAGUUCCCAUACAGAAUGCUACUAAUCUACCUAUAAAGGCAAUUCAGUGUUUCAUGCCCCUGAAAGGACUAUUCCAGAUUCAUCUGCUUAACCUCAUAGAAUACCAUUUCAUGUUUUCCUUUCCUCCAGAUGUUGAUGAGCCUGCAACUACCACACCACCUGUAAUUGUAGUUACUGGAGUGAUAAGAGGUGAGUCCACACAUUUCUUCUACAUCAUGUAACGGCAUUGAUAAAAGGAAUGGGCAGCAGUGAGAAAUGGCUUAGACUUAGAUCACUCCUGGGUCACAAACCACCAUGAGCCUCAUUUUUAGUGGUCCAGGGAUUGCCUGUAAAAAUACAAUAAAAACCGUACAGCAUGUUACAGUUGCUGCAACAGGCAGAAAGACAGGAACCCUGUUAUCUCUUUGCAGCGUGGCUGCGGAAGGAACUGAGUGUGGGGAGUUUGAGUGGACAAACACCCGGAAGCAAAACUAUUAAACAGCCCCUCUCUUGGCCUUUCUCAGCCUCAACUGAAGCUUCCAAGGCUUCUUUUCCUUGUUGUUGUUUUUAAAUCGAGAGACUGACUCAAGUAAUGCCUAGGUUGGUCCUGACACACAAACUAGACAAGAUCUGUGAUGGGUGUUCCCAUAUUUUUCUUCACAUUUUGGCAAAUAACAGCUGUGGAGGGUGGGAGAAAGGGGCGGCGGCGUGAUGAGGACCCCAGGGCUGGAAUGGGUUGGGUUGAUUCUUCCUCCCAGGACCAUUUUCUCAGUAGAAAAAUGGCCUCCCCACUCAGCUGCUAUUUGCUUUGUUCCUCUAGAGGAGACCACAGUGGGAAAGGUUGAGACCACAACGGCAAAGGUUGAGACCACAACUCCAGCAUCAACGCCUGGUGAGCAUCUUGUUGACAGUUUCAUUUCAUUUCCGCUUUCUAUACUACUAUACCCAAGGCAGUUUACAAGCUGAAGAAACAACAAAAUAUACAACAAAGAUUGCACACCUUAUAUUACAGGGGUGCCCAAACUUUUUUCAAAGAGGGCCAGAUUUGAUGAAGUGAACAUGCGUGAGGGCCGACCGAAGUUGUUUCUUAGGACUGAGGUUGCUGAGCUUUUUUAAGGAUUUUACCCCAGGACAUAUACUGCCAUGGGGGUCAGAUUAAAUCGACCGGCAGGCCAGAUUAGGCCCCCAAAACGGACUUUGGACAUGCCUACCUUAUAACAAUCUGAUCCAAUACAAAAAAGCCAUAAUAAAAUAUAUCUGUAAAACAAACAACUGUUAUCAAAUAAAGCAAUAUAUUCAGUGAUCUGUUGGAAUUUAAUAGUACACAAUUGAAAUUAAAGGAACCCCUGACCGUUAGGUCCAGUCGUGGACGACUCUAGGGUUGUGGCGCUCAUCUCGCUUUAUUGGCAGAGGGAGCCUGCGUACAGCUUCCGGGUCAUGUGGCCAGCAUGACUAAGCCGCUUCUGGCAAACCAGAGCAGCACACGGAAACGCCGUUUACCUUCCCACCAGAGUGGUACCUAUUUAUCUACUUGCACUUUGACGUGCUUUUGAACUGCUAGGUGGGCAGGAGCUGGGACUGAACAACGGGAGCUCACCCAGUUGUGGGGAUUCGAACCGCCGACCUUCUGAUUGGCAAGCCCAAGGCUCAGUGGUUUAGACCACAGCGCCACCUGCAUCCCGUCUAUUGAAAUUAAAUAUCAGCAAAUAAUAAUUAAAGAGAAAUCCACUGUUAACAAUAACAAUAAAUGUUUACUAAAGUAGGAUCAAUAAAAAUAACAGCAAGUCACAAUGCAUGAUUUCACCGCUGCUUGAAAACACCCACCCCCAUUUAUAUCCUACAAGGGAAUGUCCAGGGUUCUCCUCUCCCCAUUAUAUACUCAUGGCAACCCUGGGAGGUGCCGUAUUUUUCACUCCAUAAGACGCACCUGACCAUAAGAUGCACCUAGUUUUUAGAGGAGGAAAACAAGGAAAAAAAUAUUCUGAACGAAACAGUGGAUAUAUGCUUUUUGUGGUUCAUGCUGUGGCCACGGACAUGUGAUCUGAUGGUGAAUUUGGGGUGACCCAAUGCAAAAAUCCUGAGGAUCCAUGUGGAUCCGUGCUUUGUAACCAUGUUUUUGUGCCAUUGCGGCCCCACGCAACAGUGAGUGCGUGAUUUUUUUGGUGCAGGCUGUAGCCAUGGACAUGCUAUGUGAUCUGAUGGUGAAUUUUGGGUGACCCAAUGUAAAAAUCCUGAGGAUCCAUGGGCUUUUUCCUCCCUCCUCCCAGGCAGCCUCUGCUAGUGUCCCUUAUUUCUCUCCCAAUCCCACCAAUCAGCUGCUUCCAUUCAACACUCCCUUCCCUCUUGUUUGCCUUAGUGUCUUUUCCUUAGCUGGAGCAGUUUUUUGCUCCUCCUUUUCUUCCAAUUUCUCUCCUUAUUGCUUUAGUCUUCCUGUUUCCCCCCUUUGCAAGUUUGCUGUCUUUACCUCCUCUUCCCAGUCAGCCUCCUUUAUCUCUUGAGUCCCUUAUCUCUCUCCCUGAUCGGCAAACGAUCAGCAGCUUUGUUUCAACACCCACAUCCCUCUUUCUUAUUUUAUUUUUUAUAAAGGAUUUUCUUGAUUUACAAAAGUGUGUUCAAUGUCUCUCUCUCGUAUAUAUAUAUUUUUUCCAUGUAAUAUUUUUACAAGUCAGUUUCAUUUGUUGAGACAUUGGGAAGAAAAGGGGGGGAAAGAGGUGAUCGGGGGGGAGAUGAGUGGGGGUGGGGUAGGGUGGUGAUGAAGCAUGAUCUGCUUUUUGCCCCAAGGCAAUUUGGCUCCAGGGACCACACAUUCACUCCAUAAGACGCACAGACAUUUCCCCUUACUUUUUAGGAAGAAAAAAGCAUGGAGCGAAAAAUACGGUAGAUUAGGCUGAGAGACAGUGACUGGCCCAAGGUCACCCAGUGUGCCUCAUGGCUGAGGGGUGAUGUGAACCCUGGCUUCUUAUUUCCCAGUCCAAUACACUAACCGUUACACUACACAGGUGUAUUUUACCAGUGUAUGAUUUUAUUUCUCUAUAGCAUUACUCAUGCACCACUCUUUUGGAUGAAGUUCACCCAAGGGGGUUCGAAACGACAUGAAAACAGAGAGAAUGCAAUUAUCUGAAAUAACCAAAGCCAACCAAGGCAGCCACUUACACAAUGAUUUACAAUGCCAGUUUAUAACAAUCUGCGGAGGCGAGGUAAAAUAUUGAGCAGAGUGCUAUAUUCUGUAACAUUUCUCUGUAGAAAAAGACCUCGACUCAGAUUUCCAGAUAAAGACACCCUGCAUCUCUAGAGUUUUCCAUCUUUCAGCUCUCUGCUUGUUAUUGUUUUAACAAAUAAAACUUCCUUCUUUUAUUUCUUCAUCCCAAUACACACCUUUAUCUAGCACCUUCCUCUGAAUGGCUUGUCUUUUUCCAAGCUUUGUUGCCUAGCACAUAGAAGAAAGAUCUUGAGAUAUGGCUCAGCCAUUAGCUCGCCAUGAGAAAACACCAACCAUCUUUCUUAAGCCAUUAGCUGUUCAUCUUCUUAACAAAAUGAAUGACCUUCCAGUUGUUAACACACACAUAUUUGUUGAACAGGGUGUAUUACCCAGGGAGGGAAGCCGGGAUCGUGUCCAAACCCAAAUUUCCGGCCUCGUCACCAUGGGCACCAUGACCACGGCCCACGUCCGAAAGGAAAGGGAUUCAAGAAGCCAAAGCAUGAUUCCUCUUCUGAGGAGUCUGUGCUCUCAGAAUGGAAACCCAAGUUCCAUUCCUCUUCCGAGGAAUCUGGCUCCUCAGAACGAAGGCAGAAAAACGGUGGUCACCAUCACCAUGGAAAGAAGGGACAUCGGAAUCUCUGCAAGACUCCACCAUGUGGGGAAGAUGGAGAUUGCCCAGAUGAUCUGAAGUGUUGCCUUAUUUCCCGCUGUGGGAGGAGGUGUGUGAGACCCAUACCCAUGCUGCGAGGAAGCAACCUUGGGGAAUAAGUGUCUUAAACUCUGAUGCUUGUUCCAAAGCUCCAUCUUUGGUAAGUAGCAUCUUGCAUUGCUCUGCACCAGUUCCAUGUCCACCAUGUCAAAACUGGCAGCCAUGUUGUGCCUAACCUGCUGAAAAUAAUAUCUAUUAAUACUCUGAUAUUGUGGUACAGUGGUACCUUGGUUCUCAAACUAAAUCCUUUCCUGAAGUCCAUUCCAAAACCAAAGCGUUCCAAAACCAAGGCGUGCUUUCCCAUAGAAAGUAAUGCAAAACGGAUCAAUCCGCUCCAGACUUUUAAAAACAACCCCCAAAACAGCAAUUUAACAUGAAUUUUAUUAUCUAACGAGACCAUCGAUCCAUAAAAUGAAAGCAAUAAUCAAUGUACUGUACCAUAAAAUAAAUAAGACAUUGUAGAUGAUAAAAAUCAAAAAUAAUUUUUUUUCUUACCUGCACUGUUGAUAGUCAUUGUUUGGAUGGGGGGCUUUUAUCCAUUUCUGCAGUCACACAAUCAAUCAAUCAAUCAAUCAAUCAGUAGCUGGACUGGGUUCCACACAGUCACAAAAACAAAUUAACCGAAAAAGCUACAAAAACAAAAAUGCAAAAUAAAUAGCAAAAACAAAAGCGCCAAACCUAAUCCAUUCCGAAGUCCAUUUGACUUCCAGAAUGUUCAAAAACCAAGGCACAACUUCUGAUUGGUGCAGGGGCCCCCAGAAACAAUAGCCGACAGCCACAUCGGAUGUUCGGCUUCCGAAAAAUGUUCAAAAACCAGAACACUUCCGGGUUUUCAGCGUUUGGGAACCAAGGCGUUUGAGUACCAAGGUACCACUGUAUUCUGCAUUCCCCCACCUACCCUUCCUGAAACAGUGGAGUGGAAGAUGUAGAAGUGUGUUUUGACCAUUUGGGCAUAUAAGCAGUAUAGAAGUUAAUGAUAAUUCUUGUUUUGUUGACGAAAAGGUGGGAGACCAGCUUUUGCACCGCUUGCGUCUCCUGCUUGGCCCAGAGAGAGGCUCCAUUCUCCAAGAACUUGCUUGCUAGCUCUUUGAACACCAGGUGGAGCCCCCAACCCCAUUUAAACAGCCUUUUUCUUUUCUCCCCCGCAGAACUGGAAUAGACGUCACAGCAGGACUAAACCACAAGUGGGACCGGCUGAAUAAAUUCUGCGCCCUUUCAGGUUUAAUUGGCUUCCUCAAAAAGCAAAACAAAAAAACAACCAGAU